AUGCGCCCAUUCUUGAUUCUUGUCCUUGUGGUGGCCGCUUGGUCUAUCCGGAACAAUGAGCAGGUGAUGGAUUCCGAUGGCUAUAAAGACCUGCCCCAAAAGGGGCAACCCUGCGCCGCUAAGCCUUGCCGCGAACGUGGGCGCUGGUCAUCAAAGUGUUGUGCCGAAGGCUUGGUUUGUGACCGGGAAACCUUUACCUGCAAGGUUGCCAUUGGACAGCCAUGUCGAGGCAAGACCUUCUACACCGAGUGUGCUGGCAAAUACACCUAUGAUCGAGACCUUGCUUGCGUCAAGGAUGAGAGCAAAAACUACCGUUGCUGCAUCAUCACCGGCAACCGAUACACCCAGUUCAUGACGAAGAAUCAUCAGAAGUAUCACCAGACCUAUGGACGAGGACGUGGAGCAAAUUGCUGCUCUGGCAACUCUACUGAGGUGAUGCGUUUUGACUACAGAGAGGGGACGGACGUGCCGACCCAGAUUUGCACAGGAAAGCAUAGUCGUGACUUCGGACACCUCUGGCUGCACUUGUCAGGUCCGGUACGCCGCCCCGAGAUGAUGCUUACCAUCAUUUUCGAGAAUUCCGCAUCAGUCUCCUUGAACUCGGUCUACUACGAGAUCGAGUCGAUACAGCUCUUCGACAAGUUCAAGAGAUCCCCCGCCCAGGACCUGCUCUACGUGAACCUCUUGACCACCAUUUGCAUUGCGCGCAUCUGCCGCCACACCACCGCGCCUGCUCAGGGCACAUCACCCUCACCACCAGAUACCACCCCCUACCCAGAGCCCCCCAUUCCAGAAGCCUGGAAGCAAACUGAUGUCCAUUGGGAUGCCAACGGUUCCGGCGGACAGAAGCUUUACAAAUGCAUCCAGCCAUCCGCUUGGAGCCGCAACCGUCAACUGGCAGGGCCACCUACAUUCCAGGUAUUUCCCUGGUUGCUGGCAUACUACGGCGCAUCCGACUACCCGCUCCCUAUCAAACGGAAAUACACCAGCUUGGUGACCACUCGAUCGAUUGCAAAAUCCGUCUGCCUGACACACUUGAUUCAGCAGAUUCGUGAACAGCGCAUCGAUCUGGAUGCCACAGCCGAAGCGUUACAUCGCACCGCCGGAAACACCCCUCCAUCGAAAACCACGGAAGCUCGAGCCCUCAUGCAACCGCUGAUGGACAUCAUCUUGACCGCCAUACGUGAUCACGCUCCAGCGCCCAAGAGGUCGGGCAUUCCGGAGACACGGGCGCUGGGGCAGCCACUCAGCUCCCUUCAGCAAGCCAGCGUGAGCUGCGACUCCGUUGAGGGCCCCAGAGGUGGGGCCGCACAGGCUUAUCAACGUGUCACACGACGGGAUGCUCUCCGCAUCUCGGACGACAGCAAAGAGUUUGCAGAGGCCAAGAGGAUCAGUGUGAGUGGACAUAGGCAGGGAUGCACUACCCAGACUGCACCCGCGGAGGCCGUGAUUGGCGGCGUGGUGAAGGACGUCGCUGCUCCGAAGGAUUUGGUGCACGACGAGACAUUCAGUGCCGGCCCGUGUGGAGACGUGAAUGCCGGCUACUCUGGAGAGAUCACCACCAAGUGCUUCCUUGGCCAGUUGGUGUUUGAUGGAAACUCUUGCCAGCCAAAGCCUUGCGAGGAUGAGCUGCGCGACAUCAAUGUGGAAGGCUUCUCCGUCACGAUCCGCCUGGCGGGGAGCAAUCUUGGCUCGACUUCACCAGCCCCCAGCGGGUACCAGGGCACUGGAAACUGUAGCCAACUGGACGAGAAUCUCCUUGGACAGUUCACCAUCGGAUGUUCGGCCUCGGUUUACAACCUUGACCUCAGCAGCUGCAGUUUGAAGAGUUGCGAGCCACCCACCAGCGCGACCGCUGGGCUGGGGAGCGGAAGCCAGGCACGCCGGGCCAUGUACUCGGUGCAGAAACCAUCUACUCGGUUCAUGUUGACAGAAGACAAUCAGAAACUUGGUCUUGUUGAUUCUUUUUUAGACCUGGUCUUCUCCUGUCUCGAAGUCUCGGAACAUCUUGGACCUGAAGUUUCCUGUGAAUCCUUGAGAUGUUGGUCUUGCAAGCACAGCUGCGCAAGUGAGUCUUUGUAA